GUUUGGCUGAACACGUAAAGUUGGAGAGCAAGAUCGCCGUCUACAGCACAAAACCGAAUCGAUUCGCGUGUGUUUCUCGUACAUAGAGGUACUGCUUCCCUCCAUAGUGGAAAACCGAACUGCAGCGGCAUUAGAGGCAUGAAGUACUUCAUUCCCGCCCACGACUUCCGCGCAGAGGAGGACGUCGAACUCUCCGUCCACAAGGGCGAGGUGCUGUGCUCCACGGAAGGCGUCGCCCAAGACGGGUGGAUCAAGCUGGAGGUGGCCACCGACGCCCGUCGCCGCGGCUUCGUGCCGACUUCCUACCUGCGCGAGCUGACAGCAACGGAGGCGAUGGAGCUGCUGGAGACGACGGGCGAGCACCACGACGGCGGUACCGCCCCCUCCGCCGCGUUCGCCUCGUCUCCCGUCGAUACCCCACGCCGCGGGGCGCGGGGCGACACGUCGACGGCGGCGGCUGCAGGGCCGAAAGGGACGCCGUCAUCGACCUCGCUGGACGUGGGGAACCGCAGUGCGGUGGUGCAGCGGACGCAGAGUCCGUCUCCGCGUGCUGCGUCUCGCAGCCCCAACGGCGGUCUCUCCACCGCUGCCGCCACCGCCCCCACCAACUCCCCACGGAUGCACGACAGCAAAGCAACGAUGGCGGGCACAGCCGGGUCUCAUCCGCUGACACCCGCCCAGCAGGCCACCGGACCCAUCAGCCGCCACCUACUCGAGAACCCAAGCGCCGCCGUGGACGCCUUCAUGAAAAACGAGGUCUACUUCAAGCAGCUCAUGCAGCGUCGUGCGUCAGCGCUGGCGCAUAUGCAGUCGGGGAUUGAGGAGGCCAUGACGGAGGUCGCGGCCUGCAAAGACCGCAACACGGUCCUGACGCGAAAGUUGCGCGACCUGGACGAGGUCGUGGAGCGCGAGCGCGAGCGUUGGGUGCACCGCGUAGAGGAAGAGAAGGCGCAUGUCAGCCGCAUCGCGCCGUAUAACUCGGCGAUGACUGUGCCGGCAAGCAGCGGCACAACACCCGUCCGCUCCCCCAUCAGCGGGCGUCACGGCGGACCAGGACGAAGCGUUUUGGAAGACAACUCGCCCCGUCAGCUGCGAGCGUGA